GUUUGAUAAGAAAGAAAGAGACCCAUUGUAUACUUACUCACUCACACUUUUCUACACUCAUCUUCUCUCUCUUCUUAUCACACCACACUCUCUCUAUUUCUUUCUCUCGUUGAAUCAGUGUAACAGUUUACACAAGUUCAAAUUCUGGAGCUACCAUGAAUGCUUCAACUUCAACUUCAAGGAAGAAGAAGAAGAAGAAGAAGGGUAGUUAUAGUUAUGAAGAUCAUAACUUCAUCAACACUAUCUUUUCUUGGUCUCUUCAAGACAUUUUCAACCAUGAUCUUUAUAGCAACUAUUUGGAUUAUAUCAGUUUAUCAUUCGAUUCUGUUGGACAGUAUUUGAAGUCAUUUGUGUAUCCCUUGUUGGAUGAAACUCGAGCUGAACUAUGCUCUUGUAUGGAGACUUUGUCAACUUUACCUUUUACUAAAGUCAUUUCACUUCAACACUCACUAUCACAUUCACAUGGUAGAAAUCACUAUCUUAUUAAAACUGAUACUUGGAAAAACAGCUUCUCUCAUUAUGGUAAAAAGCUACAUAAAACAUUGCCGGGAGAUGUGUUUAUUUUGGCUGAUUUUAAACCUGAGACGGUUAAUGAUUUGCAAAGGUAUGGAAGGACGUGGAGGUUUUUGUUGUCAGCUGAGAUUCUUGAUGAGGAGAUUCAAGGAAACGAUGAUGAGAAUAAACUUACGUCUACUUUUAAAGUGAUUGCUUCCAAAGACAUUGACAUUGAUGAAAUGGGGCAAAAAUCUAUGUUUAUUAUAUUCUUGACGAAUAUAACCCCAAAUAGAAGAAUAUGGAAUGCACUGCACAUGGAUGGAGAUUCAAAGCUCAUUCAGAAAAUUUUAUGUGCUAGUGAUGUGGUUGAGGAAAGCUGUGACCACUGUUCUCCAAAGACUGAUGCUCUUAGGGACGACGUAACAUAUCAAAGGUUAUCAUCUGAGUUGAAUGAGUCUCAAAACAAGGCGAUUUGUGCUUGCCUUUCUGCCUUCCAUUGCAAUCAUAAGUCUACUGUGGAUCUUAUUUGUGGUCCACCUGGAACUGGCAAAACAAAAACUUUGGGCACACUGCUUUUUGCUCUAUUCAAAAUGAACUCCAGGACUCUUGUUUGUGCGCCAACCAAUGUUGCCAUUAAGGAAGUGGCAUCGCGUGUCCUGAGCAUGGUGAGAGAAUCAUUUGAUAGAAAUUCCGAUGUUUUGUUUUGUAAUUUAGGAGACAUGCUGUUAUUUGGGAGUAAUGAGCGGCUCAAAGUUGGUGCAGAAAUUGAAGAGAUAUAUUUGAACUAUCGUGUCAAGCAGCUCUUACUGUGUUUUACCCCACCUAGUGGUUGGAAAUGUUGUUUUGUUUCAAUGAUUGAUCUUCUUGAAAAUUGUGUUUUCCAUUAUCAUCAAACUGGUGAUAAUAACUCUAAUAGGGCAAAAGAUGACAGCCCUUCAGAUUAUGGUGUGGGGAUGCACAAAUCUUUUGUCGAGUUUGUCAGAGAGAGGUUUCUGGCUAUAGCAUCGCCACUCAGAGACUGCAUUUCCAUCUUAUGUACUCAUAUAGCCAGAAGUUGUAUUAUGGAACAUAACUUGAAAGAUUUGGCCUGUCUUAUUUACUCUCUCACUUCAUUUCAAGCUUUGCUGUUUGAAAAUAAUAUUGUUUGUGAAGUACUGGAAAAGCUUUUCUCUCCUGAAAGUCAAUAUAGUUGUUUUGAAUCGGUGGUAGGGUUUGAAUACUCGUUGCAACAGAGCAGAACUGAAUGCCUGUCGCUAUUGAAAACCCUUAAAGUUUCACUUGGUUACCUCAACCUGCCAGACGUUGUGACUAAAGAGUCAAUCAGAGAGUUCUGUUUACGAACAGCGUCAUUAAUAUUUUCGACUGCUUCUAGUUCCUUUAUGCUGUAUUCUGUUGUCAUGGAACCACUUGACGUUUUAGUGAUUGAUGAAGCUGCACAGUUGAAGGAAUGUGAGUCAAUCAUACCUUUACUACUUCCGGAAAUAAACCAUGCCAUUCUUGUUGGAGAUGAAUGCCAGCUUCCAGCAAUGGUUGAAAGUAGUGUUUCUUUUGAAGUCGGUUUCGGAAGAAGUUUAUUUGCCAGACUGAGCACAAUGGGUCAUCCAAAUCACCUUCUCAAUAUCCAAUACAGGAUGCAUCCAUCAAUAAGUUCCUUUCCAAAUUCAUGCUUCUAUUUGAACCAAAUUCUUGAUGCUCCAAAGGUUAUCGCAGAGAACUACAGGAAGCAAUAUCUCCCCGGGAAAAUGUUUGGUCCAUAUUCCUUUAUAAAUAUAACUGGCGGCACCGAAGAGUUUGAGGAUACUGGACGAAGCCGGAAAAAUAUGGUUGAAGUGGCGGUCGUGAGGAAAAUAAUUAGAAAUUGUUUCAGAGCAUGGAAUGGCUCAAACGAGAACCUCAGUAUAGGUGUAGUGUCUCCUUAUGCUGCCCAAGUUGUUGCACUUCAGGAUAUGCUUGGACAGAAGUAUGAUAAACACGAAGGUUUUGAUGUGAAGGUGAAUACAAUAGAUGGUUUCCAGGGUGGAGAGCAGGACAUUAUUAUGUUUUCAACCGUCAGAACUGAUUGCAGUACUUCACUUGACCAGAGGACUAAUGUUGCUCUUACCAGGGCUAGGCAUUGUCUAUGGAUAUUGGGAAAUGAAAGAACCCUAGUAAGUCAGGAUAAUGUAUGGAAAGCAUUGGUGCUUGAUGCUAAACAACGUCAAUGCUUCUUUAAUGUGGAUGAAGACAAGGACUUAGCGAAAGGUAUCUGGGAUGCCAAGAAAGAGCUGGAUCAACUUGAUGAUUUGCUUAACUCAGAGAGUGUCAUUUUUAGAAACUCUAGGUGGAAGGUUCUUUUUAGUGAUAACUUCCUUAAGUCAUUUAAAAAUCUUCCAACAAAGCGGACAAAAAAGUGGGUCAUUAGCCUCUUACUUAAACUUUCCAGUGGAUGGAGACCAAAAAGGAGAAAAGGGGAUUUGAUUUGUGGAAGUUCAUCCCAGAUGUUAAAGCAAUAUAAAGUUGAAGGUCUCUUUGUUGUUUGUUCGAAGGACAUAGUAAAAGAAGUGAAUUUCACUCAAGUUUUAAGGAUAUGGAAUAUACUGCCUCCGGAGUAUAUUGCUAAAGUAGUUAAGCAUCUAGAUAGUAUUUUUGAAAGCUAUACUGAUGAUUUCAUAAGUCGCUGCAGUGAGCAAUGUUUUGAAGGGAAGAUGGAGGUUCCAAUGAGUUGGGAUAGAUCAACAGAAAUCAUCAAAAUUAAGAAUCUUGUUAAUACUGGAAUUGAAGCAAAUUCAAGUUGUUGCGAUCAAAGAAUUUAUGUUGAGAACUCAAAGGUUGAGGAGAGUUUUUUAUUGAUGAAAUUCUAUUCUUUAUCAUCUGUUGUGGUUAGCCACUUGCUUUCUGAUCGUAAUAGUAAUGAACUGGAACUUCCAUUUGAAGUAUCAGAUGAAGAACAGGACAUUAUACUCUUUUCUAAAAGUACAUUUGUAUUGGGUCGCUCUGGUACCGGGAAAACAACGGUUUUGACCAUGAAGUUAUUUAGAAAGGAGGAAUUGCACCAUGUGGCUCUUGAGCACGCAUAUGGAAUUAAGAGCGUUGAAGUUCCCUGUUUGAGUUAUGAGAAAGAGUAUAAAGACAGUUCUCCAAUGAAUGACAGUCCUGUCCUACACCAAUUAUUUGUAACAGUGAGUCCUAAACUUUGUCAAGCAGUAAAACAGCAGGUUGGUAGAAUGCAAAGGUUCAUAUGUGGUGCUGAUAUUUCCUCCAAAAGUUGUUCUAUUGAAGAAGAAAUAGUUGAUGUUGAUACAUCAAUACAGUUUAGGGAUAUACCUGAUUCUUUUGUCAAUCUUCCCGCCAACUCAUACCCACUUGUGAUAACAUUUCAGAAGUUUCUAAUGAUGCUUGAUGGGACUGUGGGGAAUUCUUUUUUUGAAAGGUUUAGUGAUCUAUCUUCUCUAAGCGAGAACCUUGGUGUAAGAUCUGUUGUCUUGGAGACUUUUAUAAGGAAGAAGGAGGUGACUUAUGACAGGUUUGAUUCAUUAUAUUGGCCGCAUUUCAAUUCCCAAUAUACCAAGACGCUAGAUUCAUCCAGAGUGUUCACUGAAAUCAUGUCUCAUAUAAAAGGGAGUAUGUCAUCUGUGGAGUCUGGUGAAGGGAAGUUAAGCCGUCAAGAUUAUCUUUUCUUGUCUGAAAACCGGGCGUCAAGUUUAAGCAAGCAGAAAAGGGAGAUCAUAUACGAUAUUUAUCAAAGUUAUGAAAAAAUGAAGAUGGAUAAGGGGGAUUUUGAUUUGGCUGAUAUUGUUGCUGACCUUCAUUGCCGAUUCAGAAUUCACAAAUAUGAGGGCGAUGAAAUGCACUUUGUAUAUAUUGACGAAGUGCAGGAUCUAACCAUGAGUCAAAUUACUUUAUUUAAGCAUGUGUGUCAAAAUGUAGAAGAGGGUUUCGUUUUUUGCGGGGAUACUGCACAGACCAUCGCAAGGGGAAUUGAUUUUAAGUUCCAGGAUAUCAAAUCUCUCUUUUACAAGAAGUUUGUGCUAGAAUCAAAGAGAAGUGCCUAUAACCAAGGAAAGGAUAAAAUGAAAGUUUCAGAAAUUUUUCUGUUGAAUCAGAACUUUCGGACUCAUGCUGGAGUGUUGAAAUUGUCUCAGAGCAUCAUUGAGCUUCUUUUCCGUUUUUUCCCUCAUUCUAUUGAUGUUUUGAAGCCUGAGACCAGUUUGUUAUACGGGGAUGCUCCGGUUGUUCUUGAAUGUAGAAGCAGAAAAAAUGCAAUUGUAACUAUAUUUGGCAACACUGGGCAUGAGAGUGGGAAAAUUGUUGGUUUUGGAGCAGAGCAAGUUAUUUUGGUACGUGAUGAUGACGCUCGGAAGGAAAUUUUAGACUAUGUUGGGAAACAAGCUCUUGUUUUAACUAUUUUGGAGUGCAAAGGGCUCGAGUUUCAGGAUGUAUUGUUGUACAACUUUUUUGGCACUUCACCUUUGAAAAAUCGAUGGAGGGUGAUUUAUGAGUAUAUGAAUGAACAAGAUAUUGUGGAACUUACAGAAUCAAACUCUUUUCCAAGUUUCAAUGAUUCCAAACACAACAUUUUGUGUUCUGAGCUGAAACAGCUAUAUGUGGCUAUUACUCGUACAAGACAGAGAUUGUGGAUAUGUGAGAAUACAGAGGAGUAUUGUAUACCUAUGUUUGAUUAUUGGAAAAAGAAGUGUCUUGUACAAUUCAAAGAACUGGAUGAUUCACUUGCUCAGGCAAUGAAAGUUGCAAGCAGUCCCGAAGAAUGGAAGUCACGUGGCAAAAAGUUAUAUUAUCAAAAUAACUAUGAGAUGGCAACAGUUUGUUUUGAAAGAGCAGGAGACUCUUAUUGGGGAAAAAAGUCUAAGGCUGCUAGUCUUAGGGCUACUGCAAUCCGUUUACAUGACUUGAAUUCCGAGGAAGCAAAUGCAAUCCUUAGGGAAGCUGCUGAAAUUUUUGAAGGCCUUGGCAUAGUUGAGUCUGCUGCCCAGUGUUUUUCUGAUUUGGGGGAUUAUGAAAGAGCUGGGAAGCUUUACUUGGAAAAAUGUGAAGAGCCUGAUUUGAAAAGGGCAGGGGAUUGCUUUUACUUAGCACGUUGUCACGAAAUGGCUGCUCAAGUGUAUGCUAGAGGAAGUUUCUUCUCAGAUUGUUUGAAUGUUUGUGCAAAAGGUGGAUUGUUUGACAUUGGAUUACAUUACAUUCAGUGCUGGAAACAAAAUGAGAGUGCUGACCCUGGUUGGGCUAAUAGCCAUGAUCUGAACGCAAUUGAACAGAAAUUUAUGGAAAACUGUGCCCACAAUUAUUUUGAGAAAAAAGAUAUCAAAUCUAUGAUGAAAUUUGUUCGAGCUUUUCACUCGAUGGAUUUAAAGCGCGGGUUCUUACGAUCAUUAAGCUUACUUGACGAGCUUCUUGAAUUGGAAGAGGAAUCAGGCAACUUUAUGGAGGCUUUGAACAUUGCUAAGCAGAUGAGUGAUAUUCUUCGCGAGGCUGAUUAUCUUGGAAAAGCUGGUGAAUUCUUGGAAGCAUAUGAACUAAUGUUUUUCUAUGUACUUGCAAAAUCUCUUUGGUCUGGAGGAAGCAAAGCAUGGCCCUUCAAGCAGUUCACACAGAAGGAAGAUCUUUUGGGAAGAGCGUUGAUAUAUGCAAAGGAAGUGUCAAGCAGCUUUUAUGAGCUUGCAUCCACAGAAGUUGAAAUACUAUCAAAUAAGCAUGAUAACAUUUUUGAAAUAAUGAAUCAAUUGAAAUCUUCUCGCAUUCAUAGAAGUAUCAGAGGGGAAAUAUUAUGUUUGUGGAAACUGCUGGAUUCUCAUUUUCGGCUAAACUCCUCUAAGUAUGUCUGGCAAGACAGCUUGUUUGAUGUUUCUGUCGAAGGCAUGAUUAUGAAGAAUCAAUUUUCCGUGGAGACAUUGUUUUAUUGUUGGACAUGUUGGAAGGAUAACAUUGUUCAUAUGCUAGAAUCCCUUUCAAAUUUCAAAACUCAAGAGCCUCAUCCACAUUGCAGUUACGUAAAGUUUGCAUUCAAUUAUUUGGGUGUUCAGAAGCAGAUUUAUAAUCUCAAUGACAUUUACCUUUUGGUCAUCCCUGAUGCUAACUGGGUGAAGAAAUUGGGCGGUAGAUUGCUAAAGAAGAAGGUUAGUCUAGUCUCCGUUGAUGUUCAACCUCUAGUUUCUUUUGCUCAGAGUUACUGGAGUUCAGAAUUACUUUCUGUUGGCGUGGAUGUCCUGCACAACCUCGACGCACUCUACAAGUUUUCAGUUCAUAAGGCCUUUUCCAAAUUCAAUCAAGUACAGUCGUUAUUGCAUAUCUAUGAAGUCUCAAAAUUUCUUCUCAAGUCCAAGUGUUUUAGCCAUAGCCACAGUAACUUGAAAACAUUGGAGACAUUUUACAGAAAGCCAGUUGAGUGUUUAUUCCACCAUGUAGUUCCCCUUGACUGGAAGAAAUCACUGUCAAAAGAAAUGGUUUACCUACGGGUAACUGAAGCUUUUCAGAAUAUUAUGGAAGAGGUCAUCUAUGAAAGCACUAAACAGAAAGAUAGAUUGACCUAUGGUAAAAUUGGAAGGGUGGUAGUUAUGAUUCUUGGUACAGCUAAUGUAAAAGAUGAUCUGUUCGCGCAAGUUAUGACAAGGUUUGAAGAUAACAAAUACUGGAAAGAAUUCAUUGAAAGCUUACAGUUGUUUUCAGCGCAUGAUAUUUUACCAGACAAGAAAACCGAUUUUGAGAUGCAUCCUGCUUGUAAGCUUUACAAAGCAUUGUGUUAUACUUGGAGUGUGAAUCGGAUAAAGGAAGUUGACUAUAUAUCUCCCAGCUGCUUUAUGUAUCUUGUUGAACAGCUACUUCUGUUGACAUCAUGCUCGAUGGGGAGGCUCAUUUAUGCGACAAAGUCAUCUUUCACUGAAUGGCUUAUUUGCCAAAAUAAAUUUUCCCUUGCAAAUUUGAGCUUUAAGGCUCCUGUAGACACAAGAGAUGUCCAUGUUUUUAUUGAGAAUUUCCUCCGCAAAUUUGUUAAUGAUCAAAGUGAUAUCAAAACCUGGAUUAAAAAAUCAAACUCAGACGUGGAUAAGAAUUUUCCAUCACUUUUCCUUCGAUCGGUUGUUUUGAUGUGCUUGCUUCACCUCAGCACUGGGAGUCCGAAGUAUUUAGAAUUACUUCACUGUUGGUUGAAAAAUAGCUAUAUAACCACUCAAUUGCCAUUGGAAUUUUGUAAUGUUCUUCAAAAAGGAGAGAAACACAUGGGUGUGCAAGUCUUUGCUGAGGCAUUUAAAGUAAUUGGAAACCCCUUGGUAAUUGUCAGGCUUCAGAACAGUUCUUCCGAAAUCGUGUGCUCAGAUGCUGCGUUUGUGGAUUUAGCGACGUACAAAAAAAGAGAGCUCGUUUUAGAAACAUUAUUUCCUAGUAUAGUUGACAGUGUGGGUUGGCAAACCACAGCAGAAGCCUCUGAAUCAAAAUCUAUGGAGUUUCCUUCAAACCUUCAAAAUAAAAGCUCUGCUUCUGUUUCAGAUCAGGCAUCAGAUGUGGAUGGUGACUGCUUUUGGAAUUGGUUGGAAAAUUUCAAGUCUGAAACUGAUGUAUUAUGUCUUAAAAGUCUUUCACCUGAUUCCAUAUGGGCCAGCCAAUUUUUUCUUCAUUAUUUACAUUCUCUCCAGGGUUUUUUGGAUCAUUACAAUGAGCUUUGGAAUUUGUUACAAGAAAACCCUGUUAUUAUGGGAAAAAAAAUUGAAAUGGAGGAGUAUGUGAGCUUUCUUGAUGAAAUGAAGGAACUUCGAAAAAUUAUGAGCAAGGGCGGUUCGAUGACCGAGAAGGAGAAGGACACUGCUAUUGUGCUUCAAAAGAAAAUUCUUUCAAGACGAUCAACAGUAGCGCACAUCUUGUAUCAGCUGGAUUUGGCUCAAAGGAAUACCGAUGCUGAGUCCGAUUCAUCACAAGCCAGCACAACAGUAAGCGAUGAUGACUACGAGGAAGAUUUUUGAAGGAAUCAAUAGGUAACAUGUCCAAUAAUUCUCAAGGUGCAGUUAAUUCAGGACAUGGAAAGGCCAAGGAAAAUAACAAGUCCAAGAAAAACAAGGGAGGGAAAAAGGGUAUGAAGUGAAAAUUGUCGGGUCUUUUGUACAUGCAAAUGCUGUAGUAACUUUUGGGUUUACACUUCAAACUGUCUGGUUAUGGUAUAUCCUGAUUUUGGAAUCUUUUCGGUAAACUUUUGAGAAGUAUUUUAAAGAUUUAUUAUUGAUAUGAAAAUGUAAUGAAAAGAUUUAGAGAAGCCCCAUAUAAAUUUAGAAUUUGAUUCAUUCAUGCACGAGAAAUCAAAGUCAGAAGUUCUAGCA